CCUGCCAGUGAGUUUCGCUGCCUCAGCCCCGAGGAUGCUGUCAGCGUGUUCGAGAUCGAGCGGGAAGCCUUUAUAUCCGUCUCCGGAGACUGUCCCCUCCACCUGGAUGAGAUCUGCCACUUUCUGAACUUGUGCCCGGAGCUCUCCCUCGGCUGGUUUGAGGAAGGGCGGCUGGUGGCGUUCAUCAUCGGCUCCCUCUGGGACCAGGACAGGCUCAGCCAG